AUGCACUCCUUUCUGCUGGCGAUGUCCCUCGCCGGACUGGCCAGGGCAACGGAUAUUGAACACAUCGGAAAACGAGGUGGUGGUUACUCUGUUUACUACGAAGCCGUCAACGAUGAUCUGGCACGCUAUACAAUUCUCGCCCUUGGCUGUGCUGCUGCCUUGUAUUACAUCUGGCAGCUCGUCUUCCGCUUCUCUCGCCAUCUUCGACGCCUGGCAAGUUUCAGCGAUGACCGCCAACGGUACUUCGUCUCUACGCACAAUACUUUUGCCUGGAUCAAGGAACAUAUCAUCUACGCCGCGUUGUUCCGCAGCCGACACAAUCAAGAACUCCAGCUCUCAUCGGCUAUUAACAUGGGUACUUUGCCUAGCCGCUUUCAUGCUUUCCUUAUCACGGGUGUUGUCGCCAUGAAUGUCACGCUCUGCUGUGUGACAUCUCCUUAUGGGUCCGAGCCAGACUCAAUUGCUGGUGUUAUUCGUAACCGCACCGGAACUAUGGCAACCGUCAACUUGAUCCCAUUGGUCUUGAUGGCAGGCCGAAGCAACCCUCUAAUUGCUAUGCUCCAUGUGCCUUUUGAUACUUGGAAUCUGCUCCACCGAUGGCUUGGCCGCAUCGUGGUGCUGGAGAGUCUUGCACACAUCUUUGCCUGGGCUAUCCCCAAAGCCCAAGAAAAAGGCUGGAAGGUUGUCGGAAUGGCUCUGAGUGGAAGCAGCUUCCUGCUGACCGGCUUGAUUGCCGGCUGUGCAUUCAUUGCGCUCUUGCUGCACUCACCCUCGCCUAUCCGCCAUGCAUUCUACGAGACAUUCCUCCACCUGCACAUUGCCAUUGCAGCCGUUUCCAUGGGUUUCCUCUGGGUUCAUCUCAACGGUCUGGUAGCGCAAACCUAUCUGCUUGCCUCCAUCAUCCUCUGGGCCCUCGAGCGAGGCACCCGCUUCCUCAUCAUUGUAUACCGCAACUGCGGCCGUGAAUCCACAACCGCAACCAUCGAGGCCAUGCCCGGUGACGCAAUGCGCAUUACCCUGCGCAUGGCCCGUCCCUGGACCUUCCGUCCAGGCCAGCACAUCUACCUCUACAUCCCAGCAGUGGGCUUGUGGACCUCGCACCCGUUCUCCGUUGGCUGGAGCGAAACCCAAGACACCAAUUCCGACGAGAAGUCCCUCCCACUCACAAGCAAAGACCUCCUCAGCGCGCCUAAAAAAGAGACAAUCUCUCUACUCGUUCGUCGCCGCACAGGAAUGACCGACAAGCUCUACCAGCGCGCCUCGAACUCCAUGAGCUCACAAAUUACCCUCCGCGCCUUCGCCGAGGGCCCAUACGGUAACAUCCACACCAUGGACUCAUACGGCACCGUGAUGCUCUUCGCCGGCGGAGUCGGUAUCACCCACCACGUCCCCUUCGUCCGCCACCUGGUCGCCGGGUUCGCGGACGGAACCGUCGCCGCCCGCCGCGUCACACUCGUCUGGAUCAUCCAGUCCCCCGAACACCUGGAGUGGAUCCGGCCCUGGAUGACAAGUAUCUUGGCGAUGGAUCGCCGCCGUGAAGUCCUACGCAUCAUGCUAUUUGUUACGCGGCCGCGCAACACAAAGGAGAUCCAAAGCCCCUCUGCAACUGUGCAGAUGUUCCCUGGUCGUCCUAAUAUUGAUACAUUGGUCAGUAUGGAGGUCGAGAAUCAGAUUGGUGCUAUGGGAGUUCUUGUCUGCGGCAAUGGCGGUUUGAGCGAUGACGUUCGUCGUGUUUGUCGGAAGAAACAGGCUCAUUCUAGUGUUGAUUAUGUGGAAGAGAGUUUCUCUUGGUAG